GUGGCUUGAGAAUGGACUCUCCUCAGAGCGUUUAACAUACCAUCACGUUACCAUCAACUUUUAAAAAAAGAUGUCGAACUUCGCAACAAUCCUAUAUGACACAGAGGCAUGGCACAGUCCCGACUACAUCAAUACAUCCAUCCAGCACCUCGAGGCAGCCAACUACACAACCCGGAAAGAUCCACCUGCCUUCCGUCAACCCACCUCAGCACUACUCCGACUUCAUGGCGGACGUUGCCCAUACUCGUGCCGAGGACAAAGCCAUCACUGACGGUCCACGGGUCCUGGUCUUCGUCCAUCCCUACGAAAGUCUGCCCGCCAACGAAGCGGUGCAGCAGAUGAUGAUCGAGGAGACGACAAAGAGUUCUGGAAUGCGGACAGAGAGCGCUGAUGCGUCUCAUGUUCCGGUUUACAGCCAAACGGAUGACUGAGCGCUGCGAGUUGACGUGCUGAUGGUUAGAAUAUUUUGAUUGCACUCGCUGGCAUUUUCUACUUGAAGAAAAGCUUAUUGUCUCAACUUGGAUUUCUCCUAUCUCGCACGACCAUU